AUGGAAGCGGAAAGCAACUCCAGCCUCAGCCAGGACUCCGUGGCCAGUCUCACGGCGAGCGACGUGCUCAUUCACUCCACUGCUGUCCACAGGGAGAAGCCUAUUGAAGCUGUGACAGCUGCAGGUGGCCGUAUGAAAAAAGUGACAAGAGCUGUCAAGAGGCUGUGUGACGUGGUUUCCCCCUGCCAGGCAGCUGAUGCGGCUUCGACUGAAGAAGGAACACCCUGUGUUGCUCCAGCCUUGUCAGCAACCAGAGCUCCGUUCAGGGGGGUAACCCCUGACAUCUCCCACAGCAUCACAUCAGGUGAGUGAUUCACCACCAGUUUUGGCUUGAGUACUAAAGGACAUCCAGAACACCUGGUUUCAGCAGAAAAUUCUCUUGAGCCUGUGUUUUUAUCACAAAUGGAUUAUCCUAGAGAAGCUGCAGUACAAGAAGAUCCUUCCCUGCUUGUGGAAGAUAGUGGAAGACCUAAAGAUGAUGUGUUUAUUUCUCAAUAUGCUACUGGCCAGAAAGAGGCCUUGAGAGCAGUAUUAAAGCAAAAAACUCAAAAUGCUCCUGUACCUAAGGAAGUGAAAGUACAGCUCUUAGGAAAUGCCCACAUAGAGAAAAAGGAAAGUGUUGGGCCUGACACCAGGUCAGCACACAGUGAAGCUGAUUCUGCAACAGCCAUUGCAGCAGCAACUGCUGCUGCCAUUGCUUCUACAGCUCCACUUCUUAAAGUUCAGAAUGAUUUGGAAUCAAAAGUUAACUCAGUUGCAGCAUUACUUCAUAAACUACAGGAGACAAACAGACAUCUGCAGAGUGUUGCUGAACAGCAAACAGAUAGACAGACUCGGCACGAGAAACCCCACUGUCAUGAAAGAGUCCAUGAGCUUGAAAAACAAAUGAAUGCUUUCAUGGUGCAACGGAUUCAGCAUUUGGAAAAGUUACAGGAGCAACAAAUGGAAAUUCAGUCUCAUCUCAUUAGCUCUGCAGUCAACCCAGGUGGCUUACAGCGAAUUCCUAUACCUUCCUCCAGUCUCAUGGCAAAACAAUCUGAGAAGCCAGAAUGGCGGCUGCUUACAAACAGAGUGCCUUCAUGUCAGAGGGAUUUAUUUCCUGCCAGUGCCCAAGCAUAUUCAAGCCAAUUUCAAAGUCAUGGCAUUCAUACACAAAAAUCUCCUCCAAGGACACCAGUUCCUCGGAGAUAUGCUCCAGAACCUGUAUCAAAAACUGUGAAAAUCUCAAACAAAGGAAACCCUCUAACAGAAAAGGAAAAUAUUCAGAAAUCCACAAGUGAAGAUGAAGAGAGAGUCCAUGAGAGUGUUCUGAAUUCUCAAGAAAUGCCACUAAGGCAAACUGAGUCUUCUGAGAAGAUAGUAUUAAACAGAAAUAAAACGAGCUGGCAUUCUGAGAGAGACAGGAAUGCUGCUCUACAUGCAGACUCAUUUCCUGCUCUGGAGAGCUCCUUCCAAAAUGGCAGUGAUGUUGAGAGAGUGGUGAAAAAAGCAGAUGAUUUACUUACGGAUCUUGGCCGGUUGAGAGAAGAAAUGCACGAUGUGCUACAGGAAGCAAAUACAUGGAAAUCGGACAUGAAUGAUCUUUUUAAGUUAAAAAAACCCACUGCUGCAUCUGAUCUGCCUGAACAUCAUCAGCUCAAUAAACCAUCCAUCCUUCAAAGUGUUAAAGUGCCAACAUCUAUACUGAGGGAUGCUGAAAGGAUUUUGAGAGAAGUUCAGAACAAUAAAAAAGUUCUUGAAGAAAAUUUGGAUGCCAUUAUUCGUGCUAAAGAUGGAGAUGCCAUGUAUGCUUUUAUUAACGCCUUGACUGCAAACAGAGAUGAAUUGGAAGAGGUUUGUAUCAGAAGGAGUGUGGAUGAGUGGAUUAAGGCAAUCAGUGAAGAAAUCCAGGCUGAAAUGGCAAGAAAUGAUUCAGAACAGGUGAAAUGUGAUCAAAAGGUCCCAUGCAUCAAGAGAGCCCAAAACAUCAAGGCCAUGAAGACCAACAGAGAAAUUAAAGAAAAAAAUAAAAAAAUCCAAGGAUGCUCAACAAAGAAGCCUUUAUCUGCAGCUAAGUCAUUGCAGAAGCAAGCAGAAGAUAACACAAGAAAACAGAAGUUUAGAUCUUACUUUUCUUCUGAAAGUUUGAAGAGGAAAGAAGAAAUGGCAGCUGGUCCUGUGAAUGGAAGUGCGGCGACACAAAAUGAAGACUAUCUGUGCCGAGUUUAUGGGAAACCAGUUUACCAGGGCCAUCGUAGCACGCUUAAAAAAGCACCAUAUCUGAGAUUCAACUCUCCCUCUCCCAAAUCUAAAGUUCAAAGACCCAAGGUGAUAGAGUGUGUUAGAGGUACAAAGGUGAAGUCAGCAAGAACACAGACUAGUUCUCACACACAGAAAGUGGUAACCAGCCCUAGGAAGCAGCCUCCUUUAUACCCUCUUGCCCAGGAAAAUCAGUAUCUUUUUAGUCCAAGCCAAGAUGUGCCUGCUGUCCGUGGUCCACUUGAAGGUCACCUAAUUCCUAUGGCUAUUCCACUAGGUCAAACCCAAAUUAGUGACACCUCCCUGCAGCCUACUGGAGUAGUUAUUGGUAAACCACACCCUGUAACAGUUACAACCUCCCUUCCUCAAGUGCCACCAAAACCACUGGUUGAGGUAAAGAAGCCAAACAUAGCUGUAAUAGAAAUGAAAUCAGAGAAGAAGGAUCCACCUCAACUGUCUGUGCAGGUGUUACCCAAUGUAGAUAUUGACAGCGUUUCAAGUGACAGUGGGAGUGUAAACCACAUUCUUCCAGGCUCUGAACCUGCACAUACUCCUGUCAAUGCUGUAAUACAGACUCCAGAAGAUGUACAUAGUGAGGAGGAAGACACAAAGUUUCCAGGAAAUAAUUUAAUUGAUGUUACUGAUGUUAUGCAGGAUCAAGAAGAGGAGAGAGAUGAAAUUCCAGAAUUCUGUGAGCCUGUUCUGGAGCUCGAUGGACAGUUUAAAGUUGCCUCACCAAAAUACAAUGGUCCUUUGUUUCCUCCAGUGGCUUCUACUCCUCAGCAGUCUUCUGAUGUUUUGGAUGAACUGAUUCAGAGAAGAGAAACUAUAGAAAACAAGUUAAUAAAUUGGGUGGAACAAGAAAUAAUGGCAAAAAUUGUCAGUGGGAUGUGCCCAGUUCAGAAAGAAACAGUCCCCAGUGUGAGCACCUCAGAAAGUGAAGACAAUGAGACUGUAACCUCUGACAUUGUUGAAUUUGCAGGUGGUGGAGGAUUUCAACUCUUUAUUAAUGCUGGCUUGCCAGUGGACUCAGACAUGAUCAGUCAUUUGGUAAACGAAGCUCUCAGUGAAACAAUUGCCACUAUGCUGGGCAACAGGCAGGCUGAGAAAGCAGUUCCUGCUACAAAUGUUCUUCCAAGUACAAUGAUCACUGUGGAUUCUCAUGUGCCUACUCCAUUGCCAACACCCCAGGCCACACCACCACAAACACCACCUUCAGAAAAAGAAUUUCCCCCAGUCAAAACUCCAGAGUCUUCUCUGUCUCUUACAGAAAUGAGUGGGGAUAUUCAAGAACAUGAAAAAAUUAAAGAAGCAGGAGUUAAGAGUCCAGCUGCCACUAGUCGUGUUGGCACACCUGUGGUUACCCCUGUCAAUACACCUCCUAGAACAACCACGCCAAGCCCUCCUUCCUCAGAAUGCGUCUCCAAAGACACAAAAAUGGAAAGUCCGAAGCUUCCAAACCCAUGGGAUGAUGCAGAACUUCCCCUGGAAGAAGAAAAACCCAGUCCUGAAGAACUGUUUCAUCCCAAGGCUGUAGAAAUGUCAGUGGCUAAUGAUGAGGAACCACAGGCUUUGAUUUUACCACCUCAGCAUUCACCACCGAGGCUCCUUGAAUCACAUGGUGGUGAUCCACAGGUUCCAUCACCUGUGUCUACAGUUAGUUCUGAGCAGUCAACGCAGGAAGGUAGCCUUACCCUCACAGAAACAGAAACUGCAGACAGACCCAUCUCAGAAGGGGAGGUGCUCUUCAGCUAUGGACAGGUGCUGGCUGAAAGAGCCUUAGCAGAAGGAGGACUGUCUCUUCCAAACCAUGCUGAGAGCUUAACCAGUACUUUACAGGAUGCCAAUGAAAUGGAUUAUGAUCCUCCCAGUGAAGGGCAAGUGGUGAGAAGACCAGGUAAAGGCUUUCACAGGGAUCCUGUUCUGACUCUUUUAGCCAAAUUAAAUCAAGCACCAGUAACUGCACAAGAAGAGAUGUACCAUUUGGAGGAUUCUGAUGAUAGUGUCGGGGAGCUCAGUGAAGGCCAAAGACCGAGGCUGAUCAGAGCAGCAGAGAGAAUCCUGAUGGGACACUCAGUUUAUAUGGACCGUCCAACUGCUCAGACUUCUGAGAACAGACCGCUCCAGGCUUUCCGUUCCCUGUCACCAGGGGAGCUUGGCCAAACAGGAGCAGAAAUUCUUGGAGAUGCAGAUACAAGUCAUGGUCCAAUGCUGAUGGCUGAACUGGAAUCACAGCCACUUUCAAAUCCUGUUCUGCAGUCAGCCCAGCUAAGCUGCAGAGUGACAUCUGUCUCAGAGGAUCUGUCCCAGAAGGAAAGCCAAGGAGCUGCACAAGUUGAGGCUUUAAGAUCCCAAGUUGUUCAUGGAAGAAGCAAGUCUGAAGAGACACAACAAGAAGAUAUCCAUGGAGACAUAGAUUAGACACAUAUUGGCACAAAUAUUUAUCUCUCUUCUUUACUCACAGGAGAAGCUGCUGCUCCACAUUUAAAUUCAGGUGUUUCUGCAGCAAAGGUGUCGGUGAAGCUGCCUUCCAUGGACACAGAUAACCAAACACAGAGUGUGAGUAGUGUACACAGCACUUCAGAUUCUUCAGGGACAGACACAUUAGCUCCUGAUCAAAGAUAUUGGAGACGUGAUGGAUCAGGCCGACGGCACAGCUCCCGGAUGAGCUGGCAGUGUCCCGUCAAGAGGUUUAUCGUCUUCCUCCUCCAGGCAAUUGGUUUGCAGAUGCCUGAGUUGAUAGAAAAUAUGUUCUUCCAGGACAAUGCCUCCAUUAAAGAAGAUUAA